UUUCACGAAGUUCAAAAAUGCUGAUCAACAUUACAGAUUUUCGUUGGUGUGAAAAUCUUUCAGACAUAGACUUAAUUAUACCACUACAUGGUAUAAGUGCAUCAAAUGUAGACACACUUAUUACAAGUCAAUAUGUUAAAGUUGUUAUCAAGCCGUACAUUUUUGAAUGUGCGUUGUACAAACCGAUCAAUGUUGAAGAAAGUACUUUGAAACUAACAGAUGGUGCGGCUGAGUUUAACCUCAAGAAAUCUAGUGCUGAACUAUGGCAUCAAUUGACAUUGGAUGACAUGAAAUUAAGAUGCUUAAUAUUUAUAGAUCAAUUAACACUUCAGAGGACAGAAGACGUUUGUUACAGAUUAAACAAAAUGCCAUACUUGAACAUCAAGAACGCGAAAUGAAACGCGCUAAAGCAAACAAAGACAUGAAUGUAAGGGGUGAAAAAUACGCAUUGGAACAGGUUAUGGAAGUAACUUCCUGUAUUUAUCUUUAAAUAAAUUGUCGUUGUUUAUUAGUUAGAGAAUAUGUUUCGUGAAAAAAUUAGACUUGAAAAAGAGCACGCUAGCAAGCAAGCAAUAAGCGAGUUUGUAAAUGCUUUUAACCAAUCUGGCCAAAAAGAAAAUGAGCUGCAAAAUGAAAUUACAGAAGCCCGAAGAUUUGCUAAACAAUAUAUAAGAGAAACCAUUAAUGAAGAAAACAACAUGGAAUUAAAUAAGAAUAUCCAACAACGUUUAGCAUUUGUUGAGAAACCAAUAGAUUUGCCAGUGAGGACUUCAUCUACAAUCGAAGUUAAAUUUACACCUAGAGUAUUUCCUACACCUGAACGAGAGUCUACAAAACAAGCUGAGGAUGAGUGGCUAACUAAACAAGCCGAAUAUAGAAGAAAACUAUUGGACCGUGUUGUACCUGAUGAUUUGUCCAGGAAUGAACUAGAUCCUAUAUGGUUACGCAAAAAGGGAGAUUCAUUAUUUCAAGCUGGAGAUUAUGAAGCUGCUGUCAUUGCUUAUACAGAAGCUAUAACACAAAAUCCUAAAUUACAUUCGGCUUAUUCAAAUAGAGCUGCAUGUCACUUACAAUUGCGGAAUUAUUUUAAGGCUCUGGAAGAUAGUUCGAUGGUACUAGAUCUUUGUGUACCGCAUGUAGCGCAAAAUUUAAAAUCACGUGUGCGUGCACAUAUUAGGCGUGGAGCAGCAUUUUGUAAUCUACAAUUGUACAAAGAAGGGCUUAUCGAAUACAGAGCUGCACAAAAACUUCAACCAGAUGAUGACACAAUUAGAAAGGACAUUGAAAAUUUAGAGAAAUUUGUAAAUCAAGAAUAAUUAAUAUAUUGCGAAGCUACUUAGACUCAUUUCUACAUUAAAUUUUUGUUGUGACUUUGUCUUAGGGAUAAAUCAGGUAGAGUAUAGACAUCCAUUUACUUUUUUCUAAGUUGCUGUAAAUGAUAAGUAUAAAAUUGACAAUUUUGGUCAUACCCCCUUAACUUUGCC